AUGGAGAAGGGUUCUAUUUUAUCGUUUAUUUUCUUUUGUUCUGUUGUUAUCUUUAUACGAUUUAUCGGAUAUUUCUUUUGUAAUCGUUACAUGACAGAAGAACCAUAUAAUAAUAUUUUUGAGAUAAUAAAACCUGAGAAUUUAUAUAGUUCUUUAUUAUUAUUGUCAAAUGAAAAGGAAAAUGAUUUUCCUAGUUCUACAAAUUGUAACGGAUAUAUGAAAUGUAUCCCCUUUUAUAAUAAUGUUUCUGAAAGAUGGAAGAGAUAUAAUUUUAUACAACUUUAUAUAAUUAGAAGUGCAUUAAAUAUACAUGUGAUGAGUAAAUAUAAUAUGUUAAAUAAAUAUAAUAAGGAAACGAACAGAUUAUUAAAAAGAAAUAAUAAUGUAGAAAAUAGAAUUAAUAAUAUAUCCAAUCAUUAUUUAUGUUCAGGUUUUAAAAAAGAAAACCGUUUAUUCUUCCUUUUGUUUUAUAAAACAAUUAAGAUGAUGAAGUUAUAUAUAAGGAAUUUGUUUAUGAAAUAUAUUAAAAUUUAUUAUAAAACAAAACAUUUUGAGAAGAAUAUAGAAACUAAUAAAAAAGUGGUUUAUGUUGAAAGGGAUAAUCUUUUUGAUAUUGAAAGGAAUAAUCUUUUUGAUAUUUUAUAUAUGUUAAAAAGAAUAGAUAGUUAUGUAAAGAAUAUAUAUUCAAUUAUUUCUAAUAAUUUCUUGUAUGUUAUAAGAAUAAUAUUUUUACCAUUUGAAAAAAUCUAUUUCUCUUUAAAAUCCCUUAUAAUGAUAAAAAAAAUGAACAUGUCUUCUUCUUAUUAUUAUUAUUAUGUAAAUAUGUUUUCUUUGUAUAAAAAGAAUUACAACAAAUAUGAAGAAAUUUUUAUUCAUGAGCAAAGAGUAAUAUAUCCUAAUGAAUACUUGAAAAAUGAAAUGUUGGAUAAAUAUAGAAGGGUUAUACGAAUUCUCUCGGGACAGCAUGAUAAUCCUUUUAUAGAUUCUCUUUUAAUAAACCCUGAGAAAAUUGAAAAAGAUGAUUUAGAUGUAAAGCAGAAAAAAAAAAAAAUAAUUGAAGAGCUGAAGAAAAAAAAGGAAAAUACAAACACAAAUACAAAUACAAGUACAAAUACAAGUGCAAAUACAAAUACAAGUACAAACACAAGUGCAAACACAAAUACAAGUACAAAAGAAUCUCACAUAUUAGAUGAAUCGAAACUAGAAACCUUUUACAGAGACGAAUUAGACAAAAUGGGAAAAGAAGAAAUUGAAACAUAUUUCAAAGGGAAUAUUGACAAAAAAUCACUUGAUGAAUUUCAUAAAAUAUUGCUAGAAGAGUUAAACAAAAUGGACAAAGAUGAAUUAUAUGAAAUGUAUAGAGAAGAGUUAAAUAGGAUUGAACAAGAAAAAAUUAGAAAUAUGAAUAAAGAAGAAAUAAAUAAAACUUACAAGGACGAAAUAAAUAAUAUGAAUAGUGAUCAAGUUGAUAAAAUACAUAGAGAAGAAUUAGAAAAAAUCGAAAAAGAAAAAAUAAACAAAAUGGAUAAAGAUGAAAUAGAUAAAAUAUAUAGAGAAGAAUUAGACAAAAUGGAUCGAGAUGCAAUUUAUAGUAUGUAUAUAGAAGAUAUAAGUAACAAAAAUAUAAAAGACUUAAUUAAAAAUGAAAAGGAAACAAAUAAGGAUAAAAACAAAAAAAAAGAUAUAGAUAUAAACAAAAAGAAAAAAAAAGAUAUAGAUAUAGAUGUAGACAUAGAUAAAGAUAUACAUAAAGAUCAUGUAGAAGAAUUAUACGGAGAAGUAAAAAACAAACUUAGCAAAGAAGAAUUAGAUAGAAUGGACAGAGACGCAUUAUAUAGAGUAUACCUAGAAGAAUUAGAUAGAAUGAACAGAGACGAAUUAUAUAGAGUAUACCUAGAAGAAUUAGAAAAAAUAGACAAGGAAGAAAAAGAAAAAAUUCAUAGAGAAAAAUUACACAAAAUUGAAAAAGAGAAAAUAAAUAAAAUGGAUAAAGAUCAAAUAGAUAAAAUAUAUGAAGAAGAAUUAAACAAAAUGGAUAGUGAUGAAAUUCAACAUGUAAGGAGAGCAAUAUUACAAGAUAUACAAAAAGAAAAAAUACAAAAUUUAGAACUAGAAGAAAUCGAUAGACUUUAUAAAGAAGAAUUAGAUAGAAUGGAUAGAGAAGCAAGGUAUGAAAUCCCCAUGAGAAAUUUAAGCAGAAAUGAAAAAGAUAAUAUUAUACAUAGAAAUAUUAAAAAUGAAUCUAACCAAAAAAAUAAGAAAGAAAAUGUAAAUGUAUUUAUAAUACACGACAAUAAUGAUAGUAAUAAUAAUAAUAAUAAUAAUAAUAGAGAUGUGAAUAAUUUAAAUAAUAAGCACACAAAUAAUAAUUAUAAUGAAAAUGUAGAAGUUGAAUUAGUUGUACGAAAUUUAGACAAGGAUAAAGGAGCCAAGAUAGAAGAUAUUAUAGACUAUUUUAACAAAGAAAUUAAAAAAGACAAAAAUGUUAAUGUUUCCAAUAUAGUGAAUUUUUUAAAUUCAAAAGUAGGAAAAGAUAACACACCAAUUCAACAUAAGAAGGAAAAUCAAGUAGAUGUUGUCAGGAAAAAUAUUCAGAUUAUUCAAGAGGAUAAUAUAAAAAAUAAAGGCCAAAAGGAUAACACUGAAAUGUUAGAUAAUAAUAAGGAAAUAACAAAUAUUGAUAUAAAAAAUGUUGAUGAUAUAAAAAAUGUUGGAGAUAUAAAAAGUGUUGGAGAUAUAAAAAGUGUUGAUGAUAUAAACAAUGUUGAUGGUAUAAAAAAUGUUGAUGGUAUAAAAAAUGUUGAUGGUAUAAAAAAUGUUGAUGGUAUAAACAAUGUGGGAGAUAUAAACAAUGCUGGAGAUACAAAUAAUGCUGGAGAUAUAAACAAUGUGGGCGAUAUAAACAAUUCUGUAGAUAUAUACAACGUUGAACAUAUAGACGAAGCGGAGAAAAAACCAAAUCUUGAUAAUCCAAAAAAGUUUGACUGGACACAGGUAUUUAAAGACAAAGUAACAGAAAAGAUAAAAAAUGAAGAAAAAUUCAACAACUCAAAAGAAAAUAUACAAAACGAUAUAAGAGAUAAAGAAAUUCAUAAGGAUGAUAGAAUCAAGGGAAUUACUUCACGAGAAAAGAAUGCUGAAGAAAUAAAUAAUAAUGAAAAAAAAGACAAGUUUGUGUAUGAAUUUUAUACAUCCAAUAAGAAAGAAAAUAUAGAUAAAGAAGAAGAAAAUAAUAUAGAUGAUAAAAAUAUAAAAAUAGAAAUAGAACCUAAUUAUGAAAUCAACAACAAUUUUGAAGAAGAAAAUAAAAAUGAAAUAAAUGUUAUUAUAGAUAAGGAAGCAAAAAAUAAUAUGGAUAAAGAUGAUAGUAAUAAUAAUAAUAAUAUACAAAAGAAUAAUAUUAUAAUUAAGGAUAAUACAAAUGUAAGUGAAGAGGUUCAUAUUACUGAAAGUAGUAAAGAAAUAGCAGAAUUUUUUAAUAAUAUAAUUAAGAAUAGUAAUAUCUUAGAUAUGUGUUCAAAAAUGAAUGCUUCCGAUUCUGAGAAGGGAUUUAUAUGUAUAAAUGGUAAUAAUUAUAUUAUAAACCCUGGUACGUAUCAUAUAAUAAAUAUAAAAUAUCCAGAUUAUAAUAAUGUUAGAAAAAAAUGGUAUGAUUCGAUGGAUUGUAUAUCUAUAAAUAACAAGGAUGAAAAUAAUAAUAAUAAAGAACAUAAUUAUUACAAUAAAAAUGAUGAUGAUUUAUAUUUAAAGAAAUCGGUUGAAGAAUUUAUUCCAGGAUUUUUGAGCAAUAUUAAUAAAGUAGAUGAUUUAGCGAGAAUAUUUACUCCAUCCUUUAUUCAAAAUGAUAUUUUUUUAAAUUGUAUUUACAAAUAUAGGAAUGAUUUUGAUAAGAAUAAUAAUAUUUAUUCCUUUCCUAUGAAGAUAUUUUUAAGAAAAAAUUCAACGAAAAUAAAAGGUUGUUCUUUUCAAAUUGAUGAAGACCCUUUGUUAUAUAAAGAUUAUAGUGAAAAAGAAUCAUUUCUAAGUAAUAAAAUUAUUUUAAAUAAUUCAAACAGAAAUACGGAAUGUGUACUACAUGCAUCAAAUGAAAUUGUCGGAUUUCAAUGUGGUCCUCCAUAUAAAUCUUAUGAUAAUAUACAAUAUAGACAUCUUACAAACAAAUCAAACGAUAUACAAAAAAAUAUAUUUGGUAUAUAUAGUAAUAAUAAUAGUUCAUAUUCUCAUUUAUUUAAAAAUAUUUUUAAUAAUGAACAUAAAUUAUAUAACGUAGGAGGAUAUUUUCAAACAGAACCAAUUAAUUGUUUUGAAUUUGUAAAUGAUAACAUAAAUGUGGAAGAUAUAUUACCAGGAGCGGUUCCAUUUCCUAGAUUUGAUUUGAUACAUCAUGAUUUAGAUGUUAAUCAGACCAGAUAUAUUUUAUUAAAUGAGACGAACCAAGAUAAAACAAUCUCUUGUACUUGUAAUUAUUUUACAGAACCUAAUAUUGUUUAUACAGGUAAAAUUAUUAUUAAAGUUGAAGAAGAGAAAAUAUAUAAAACCAAAAAAUUACAAACUGAAUUUAAUGAUAUUAUAAAUAAUAAAAAGGAAAUAUAUCACGAAAAAAAAAUGAAUCAUAUAAUUAAAGAAAAGAAAGAUGAAGACGAAAAUGAUAUGUCAUUUAAUAAAAAUUAUGUUAAUAAUUAUAAUGAAAAUUUUAAAAUAAAUGAUAUAAAUAAUUUUUACAAUAGAAAUAAUCAUCCCAAUAAUAAUUAUCACAACGAUUAUCACAAUAAUCAUUCUAGUAAAGGAAACCACACAAACAAAAUACAUGAUACAUUUCUUAAGAAUAAAUACAAUAUCUCUUUUAAUAAUUUAAAAUUUUAUAAUAUUAAACAUGAAAAUAAAAAUAAUCAAGACGUUAUUAAUUAUGAAUAUAAUGUUGAUGAUUAUCAUGAGGUGCAGGAUGGUCAGGACGAAUCAUUUAAAGAAGAGGAAGAUUUUAUUGAUUUUAAAGAAAAUAUAAUUAAUGAUAAUACCAACCAUAACAAUACCGAUCUUGAUGAUGAUAAAUAUAAUAAAUAUCAUAAUAAUAAUAAUAAUAAUAAUAAUAAUUCUUCUUUCAAGUCGAUAGAAAGUAAUCUUGAUCUUCAAAGAAGCAUAUUACAAUCUGGGGACACACAACAAGUAGUUGUAAUUAAUAAAUCGAAAAAUGUAAAUGUCCUUUUUCCAGAUAAAAAAAAAAAUCACACACACCCAAAUGAAGAGAAGAGAACAUUUCCUAAAUAUAUCUCUUUAGUAUAUAAAGAAAAAAAUAAGGACAAUGAAAAAAUAGACAAGACCUUAACCUUUAUUAAGGAGUUUUACCCUCCAUUGCUUAGAGGAGGUAAAGACAGCGAUCCGGAAAAUAAACAAACUGGUGUUGAAAUAAACAAUGGUGUGGAAAAAAAAAAUGACGUACAAAUAAAAAAUGAUGUGGAAAUAAAAAAUGAUGUGGAAAUAAAAAAUGAUGUAGAAAUAAACGAUGAUGUCGAAAUAAAAAAUGAUGUGGAAAUAAAAAAUGAUGUGGAAAUAAAAAAUGAUGUAGAAAUAAACGAUGAUGUCGAAAUAAACGAUGAUGUUGAAAUAAACAAUGGUGUAGAAAUAAACGAUGGAGUAGAAAAUAAAGAUAAUAUACAUGAGGGUAAUAAUAAUUUAGAAAAUGAUUCUUUUAAUGAAGAUACUAUUGAAGAACCCUUUGAAAAUAUUUUUGAUUUUAUAAAUGAAGAAACAAGUUCAAAUGAAAACUCGGAAAUAAUUCUUGAUUCAGCAGAUUCUAUAAAAAGAAAAUUAGGUCACAACUUUUUAGACAUAAUAAGUGCAGGGAAAUUUAAAAUAAGACAUAAAGAAAAAAAAACAAAAAAUAAAAAAAAAAAAUAA